AUGGAAGUGAGUAUGGUGAAGAUGUAUGAACGGAGUCAAGAGGUUAUCUUGACAAGUGGAAGUGCAUCGAGUUUUGCUAAUAAUCUGUCGAUAUUUUAUCACGAAGCUAAAAACACCACUUUCGCAUGUAUUGCUCAUAAAAAUCAGGUGAAUACGGUUAACUGGGAUUCAAAAAUGGAAGGCUUUACCAGUGAUGCAAUUCCAAUAAAAGACGGUGAAUGUGAUAAACCAUUAAUUGUUUUACAAGCCAAAUACUGUAUGCCCGCGUGUCGCAGCUUCCCUCUUCUUGUGAUCGCUUCACCUGGAGGAGCAAUGGUAUUCGAUCCAAGAAAUAGCAAGAUGCUUGCGUGGAGUGCAGUUGAUGUGUUGUCGAAUUCGUCAUCAGAAUUGUUCAAUGAAUCGAUUCGGUUUACGCGUGGUAUCAGCUAUGUGGAAAACAUAAUUGUAGUUGGGACGUUCAUGGGUGAUAUCCUUUUUUUCACUUGUACAGGUGAAAAUUCGGUGCAAACCAAGAAACCAAUACAAGAGCACAAAUAUGCAAUUGCGGAUAUAGCAACGUGUCAUGUUGAUGAGCUGACUUGUUCAGCGGAUGUUUCUGGUGUGAUUAUCGUUUGGUCGAAGAAUCUUAAAACUGUCCAAAAGAUUAUUUCAACUGAGCAUCAAAUAAAUUGUAUAAAUGUGCUUCGAAAACAAGUAAUCAUUGGUACAUUCCUUGGGCAACUAUUGUUCUAUUCAGCAGUGAAUGGGCAGUUGAUGGCCGAAAUAAACGCGCAUGUACGUCAAAUUAAUGCAAUUGCUGUAGCGCCUGAAAGUGCCUAUGUGAUGUCAGCUGGUGAGGAUUCAGUAAUACGCAUAUGGAAAUUGCAUACUCGAAAACCCGAUGCAUAUAGAGUGGAAUGGCGUCAUAAUGAGAUACUCGAGAAUAUGCCCUUGAUAGGUGCUCAAUUUACGAAUGGUCGUGGAAGUGCAUUUGUCGUUUCAGCAUACGACUAUGCAAAAUUGUUCUUCUUCAAAAUUGCUAAGACAUUGGUGUCAUCUGCAUCGAAUGCUUGAUGUGCACUACAAGACACAAUUUGAUCUCUUGUUUGUUUCGAAAAACUUACAGUAAAUUAUAAACAACUAAACAUUUAUUCAUGGAUAAAUAAAUGCAUAAACG